CACGUCAAUGGUUUACUGUGUGCGCCAUCUAUAGAUAAGAUCGAAGAAUAUGGCCAUUCUAUACUCUUUGCUAGGAUUAACUCAACUGGAAUGGCUCAAGUAUCAUUCUAAGGAUCACGUAAUCAUGUCAACGAACAGUGAGUUCGGGAGAUAUGCCUGUCAGGCACUCUGUGGAUCAUGUUUGUCACUUCUGCUGGGUUUUGGUGUGCUCAAUACAUUUAGCGUAUUCCAGGAUCAUAUUGACACCGAAUUUGAGAAUUCAUCGUCAACAAUUACUUGGUUGUUUUCAUUCGCAGCCGCAUUUUGGCAAGUUACAGGGUUUGCUUGCGGCUGGAUCAGUUGUAGCCAAGGACAUCGGAACGCAGCAUUUAUUGGGGGUACAGCAUUGGUCUGUGGUCAAAUGUGGUCAUAUUUUGCUCAUGAUGUUUAUCAGUAUUUUCUGAGUAUAGGAAUUUUAACUA